CAGCGCCCGGAUGUCUUCCUAGUUUUGCCGGAUGUUGUUGUGAGUCCGAGAGACACGUGAGGCGCUGAUACGUCAUCACAGGCACGCGCAGAAAACAUGGCGGCGGCGGGUGUAGUGAGCGGGAAGAUUAUAUAUGAACAAGAAGGGGUGUAUAUUCACUCGUCUUGUGGAAAGACCAAUGACCAAGAUGGCUUGAUUUCAGGAAUAUUACGUGUUUUAGAAAAGGAUUCUGAAGUAAUAGUGGACUGGAGACCAUUGGAUGAUGCAUUAGAUUCUUCUAGUAUUCUCUAUGCUGGAAAGGACUCCAGUUCAGUUGUAGAAUGGACCCAGGCCCCCAAAGAAAGAGUUCAUCGAGGAAUGGAACAUCUGAGCAGUUAUGAAGCAGAGUGGGACAUGGUUAACACCGUUUCAUUUAGAAAGAAACCACAUACCAAUGGAGAUGCUCCAAGUCAUAGAAAUGGGAAAAGCAAAUGGUCAUUCCUGUUCAGUUUGACAGACCUGAAAUCAAUCAAGCAAAACAAAGAGGGUAUGGGCUGGUCGUAUUUGGUAUUCUGUCUAAAGGAUGACGUCGUUCUCCCUGCUCUGCACUUUCAUCAAGGAGAUAGCAAACUACUGAUUGACUCUCUUGAAAAAUAUGUGGUAUUGUGUGACUCUCCACAGGAUAAAAGGACCCUUCUUGUGAAUUGUCAGAAUAAGAGUCUUUCACAGUCUUUUGAAAAUCUUCUUGAUGAACCAGCAUAUGGUUUAAUACAAGCAGGACUGCUAGACAGAAGAAAGCUGUUGUGGGCCAUUCACCACUGGAAAAAAAUUAAAAAGGAUCCUUAUACAGCAACUAUGGUAGGAUUUUCAAAAGUCACAAACUACAUUUUUGAUAGUUUGAGAGGCAGCGAUCCUUCUGCUCAUCAACGACCACCUUCAGAAAUGGCAGACUUUCUUAGUGAUGCUAUUCCAGGCCUAAAGAUAAAUCAACAAGAAGAACCAGGAUUUGAAGUCAUCACAAGAAUUGAUUUGGGAGAGCGACCUGUUGUUCAAAGGAGAGAGCCAGUAUCACUGGAAGAAUGGACUAAGAACAUUGACUCCGAAGGAAGAAUUUUAAAUGUGGAUAACAUGAAGCAGAUGAUAUUUAGAGGGGGGCUUAGUCAUGCAUUGAGAAAGCAAGCCUGGAAAUUUCUUCUGGGUUAUUUUCCUUGGGAUAGUACCAAGGAGGAAAGAACUCAAUUACAAAAACAAAAAACUGACGAAUACUUCAGGAUGAAACUACAGUGGAAAUCUGUCAGCGAGGAACAAGAGAAGAGAAAUUCUAGGUUAAGAGAUUAUAGAAGUCUUAUAGAAAAAGAUGUUAACAGAACAGAUCGAACAAACAAGUUUUAUGAAGGCCAAGAUAAUCCAGGGUUGAUCUUGCUUCAUGACAUUUUGAUGACCUAUUGUAUGUAUGAUUUUGAUUUAGGAUAUGUGCAAGGAAUGAGUGACUUACUUUCCCCUCUUCUAUAUGUGAUGGAAAAUGAAGUGGAUGCCUUUUGGUGUUUUGCAUCCUACAUGGACCAGAUGCAUCAAAAUUUUGAAGAACAAAUGCAAGGCAUGAAAACCCAGCUAAUUCAGCUAAGUACCUUACUUCGAUUGUUGGACAGUGGAUUUUGCAGUUAUUUAGAAUCUCAGGACUCUGGAUAUCUUUAUUUUUGCUUCAGGUGGCUUUUAAUCAGAUUUAAAAGGGAAUUUAGUUUUCUAGAUAUUCUUCGAUUAUGGGAGGUAAUGUGGACUGAGCUGCCAUGUAAAAAUUUCCAUCUUCUUCUGUGUUGUGCUAUUCUGGAAUCAGAAAAGCAGCAAAUAAUGGAAAAGCAUUAUGGAUUUAAUGAAAUACUUAAGCAUAUCAAUGAAUUGUCCAUGAAAAUUGAUGUGGAAGAUGUACUAUGCAGGGCAGAGGCAAUUUCUCUACAGAUGGCAAAAUGCAAGGAAUUGCCACAAGCAGUUUGUGAUAUCCUGGGGCUUCAGGACAGUGAAGUUAUAAUGCCAGAUUCAGAUACUGGUGAAGAUGAAAAUGUUGGCGUGACUAAUUGUCUUACACCUGCAUUUCACAGUAACUCCUCGCCUGUACUUGCUGCCAGUGGAUCCAGAGAUGACAGCCCAACACAGCUAUCCGUGUCCCCAGAUGUCAGCAGAUUAACACCUGCAUGAUCAUUCUUAAUUUUUGAAGAGACACUUUGUUGCAACUAUUUUCAAGUACUUGAAAGGUGGUAUUGAUCAUGCUUUAAGGUUUAUGGAAAGAAAGUGUACUGUGAUGUUCUUGCAUUAAAGCUUUACAAAGAUUUAAACUAA